AUGGCGCUGACCGCCUCAGCCAUUCCCUUCCAGCCGGCUGGUUCCCUUGUACGCAAAGAGUUUCCCUCCUUGAACGAGACAGGCCCCGGCAACUCAACUGGUAUCAACGGAACACACCACAAUGGAACACACCACGGCACCCACCAAAGCAACGCAGCAAAGCGCUCCGUCUCUCCUUUCUGGAAGAACCACAGCAUGGAGAAGAGGACGGAUUGUGUCAGCACCCCUUCAUCAAGCACCAGUGACACGGACGAUGGAGGAAGGGGCAUCACCAUUACAAACUCGGACAGCGAGAGCCGGGGAUACUAUGUGUAUGCCAACGGCUGCGACACUGUCCCCUACCGGUACCUGUGGAUCGACGCCGGUGACUCGGCCUUUAUCACCCUGCCCGAGGCCUUCCAGGGCCGCAUCACCCGCGGCACCGACGAGUACAACCUCGCGGGCUGCACCUCGGAUGAGUGGCUCGGCACCUGGUUCGAGAUUGGCUACGACAGCGACGGCACAGGCUGGGCCGACGUGAGUCUGAUCCGGGGCUGCGACGGCGCCAUCACCAUUGACAGCGGCGACGGCACGGGGGCCUCGACGGGCUUCAGCGAGUGGAUCCUCGACGGCGCCCCCGACUCGGCCUACGCCACCAAGCCCAGCGGCGCCUCGGUGCUCGCGGCCAGCGAGGGCCUCGACGGCGUCCUCAACACCGUCGUCCGCGACUGGUACAUUUCCGAGCUAGGCACCACCCAGGCCUACGUCGACGACUACCACGGCAACCCCGUCAUCACCUCGAGCAACGGCCGCUUCAAUACCACUUGGCUCGAGGGACGACCUUAA